CUCCUCCUCCUCCUCUCCUCCUCCUCCUUUUCCACCACCAUCCACUUCCCCGAGCUCAGCAUGGCGGUCAAGGUUCAAACAACCCGGAGAGCAGAUCCUAAUGAGCUUCGCAACAUAUUUUUGAAGUAUGCCACUGUCGAACAAGAUGGAGAGCGUUACAUGACACCAGGUGACUUCGUGCAGAGCUACCUGGGACUUUAUACAGACCCCCAUUUCAAUCCUCAAACGGUGCAGCUGUUAGCAGGAGUGGCAGAUCAGACAAAGGAUGGGUUGAUCUCCUAUCAAGAGUUUUUGGCAUUUGAAUCCGUCCUAUGCACACCAGAUUCAAUGUUCAUCGUUGCUUUUCAGUUGUUUGACAAGAGUGGCAAUGGCGAAGUGACCUUUGAAAAUGUAAAAGAAAUAUUUGGGCAGACCGUUAUUCACCAUCACAUCCCAUUCAAUUGGGACUGCGAGUUCAUUCGAUUGCACUUUGGCCAUAACAGGAAGAAACACCUGACAUACUCGGAAUUUACUCAGUUUUUGCAGGAACUGCAGUCAGAACAUGCCCGGCAAGCAUUUGCACUGAAAGACAAGAACAAAACGGGCACGAUUACUGGCCUGGAUUUCGGCAGCAUCAUGGCUACAAUUCGUCCACACAUGCUCACUCCUUUUGUGGAGGAGAACUUGGUUUCAGCUGCAGGUGGAUCCAUUUCUCACCAAGUCAGCUUUUCGUAUUUCAACGCUUUCAAUGCCUUGCUGAACAACAUGGAGCUUGUUCGAAAGAUAUACAGCCUCAUUGCAGGUGCUAGAAAAGAUGUCGAGGUUACAAAAGAGGAGUUCUCUCAGUCUGCAAUCAAAUUUGGACAGGUUACACCUUUGGAGAUUGAUAUCCUUUUUCAGCUCUCCGAUUUGUAUAAUGCCUCAGGACGCUUGACGAUGGCAGACAUUGAGAGAAUAGCGCCCUUGGCUGAAGGAGCGUUGCCUUACAACUUGGCAGAACUUCAGAGGCAGCAAUCUUACGGUGAUCUGGGCAGACCUGUCUGGCUCCAGGUAGCUGAGUCGGCUUACAGGUUCUCUCUGGGCUCAAUUGCUGGAGCCGUAGGAGCUACCGCGGUCUACCCUAUUGACCUGGUGAAGACGCGCAUGCAGAACCAGCGCACAACUGGCUCCGUGGUGGGAGAGCUGAUGUACAAGAACAGCUUUGAUUGUUUCAAGAAAGUUCUGCGUUACGAAGGCGCUUUUGGCCUUUACAGAGGGUUGCUUCCACAGCUCAUUGGUGUUGCUCCAGAAAAGGCCAUUAAGCUUACAGUCAAUGACUUCGUCAGAGACAAAUUCACGCAGAGAGACGGUUCCAUUCCACUGCAUGCAGAGAUCCUUGCGGGAGGCUGCGCAGGAGGUUCUCAGGUCAUCUUCACAAAUCCCCUGGAGAUUGUCAAGAUUCGGCUGCAGGUGGCAGGAGAAAUCACCACAGGGCCGAAAGUUAGAGCCCUCACCGUUCUGAAGGACUUGGGGAUUUUCGGUCUUUACAAGGGUGCCAAAGCAUGUUUCCUCCGAGACAUUCCCUUUUCUGCAAUCUACUUUCCUGUGUACGCUCAUUGUAAACUGAUGCUUGCAGAUGAAAAUGGCCGCGUGGGAGGAUUUAAUCUGCUUGCAGCUGGCGCUAUCGCAGGUGUGCCUGCUGCUUCCUUGGUGACCCCUGCUGAUGUCAUCAAGACGAGACUGCAAGUGGCGGCUCGCGCUGGUCAAACAACGUACAAUGGAGUCAUUGACUGCUUUGGAAAGAUACUUCGAGAAGAAGGCCCUGCAGCUUUCUGGAAAGGAGCCGCAGCUCGAGUGUUCAGAUCUUCACCCCAGUUUGGCGUCACUCUAGUGACCUAUGAACUUUUGCAGCGCUGGCUCUAUGUUGAUUUUGGAGGCCUCAAACCCUCCGGCUCAGAACCUACACCCAAGUCUCGAAUCUCCGGCCUUCCUCCUGCCAAUCCCGACCACAUAGGUGGAUAUCGACUUGCAACAGCUACUUUUGCUGGGAUAGAGAACAAAUUUGGCCUCUCUCUUCCAAAGUUUAAAUCAGGUGCCGUUUCAGCGCAGCCCAAAGCAGCCGCUCCCUCCUGAGCUGUCCUCUCGAGCCAGAUAAAUAGUAGUGCCAUGGACAGAGAGCUACAGCCGUGGCUCUGCUCCUCUAGUCAGCUGCAUGAUGCUCUAGCUGAAUGGAGCACUGACAUCGAAUCACUCCUUUCUAUCCAAAACACAGCUAAUCAUUUGCACACGGGAGACCGAUUCAAGCUUUAAGUUCUAUGCGUAGAGUAAGUAACUAGGGCUUGGCUUAGCACAGCUUGCACUCCAUGUUACUGUACAUAUUGUACAACUUUGUACAGAGACAUCAUCAUGGCAUUGAAAUGCAAAACUGCAUUUGUAGAAACAGGUGUUGCGGUUCUAAAUAGUUUGAAAUGUACAGAAUGUUUUGGAAAGUGUUUUAUUAAAAAUCAUGUGACAAUAAAAUUUAUUAAAACCA